AUGGGUCCCUGUACGGCCUCCCAUUGCUGCUGUCUCAGCGCCACACUAUGCCAUGUGCCACUUUCAGGUCUCCUCACACUCCUGCUGGUUUCCAUUUUGUCAUAGGUUGCUGUAUGGCCUCCCAUUGCUGCUGCCUCCACCGCCACACUGUGGCUCCAAACACUGGUUUUGGCCCGUGACUGGCCAAAUGACUGAAGUGUGCGGUGAUUCUAAGAUUGACGGCACUCAUCUGCAUGUCAUACUGACUGACAGUAUUAUUUCUCUUCCCCAGCAGACUCCAAGGGCAUUUAAAUUAAAGGUACAGUGUUCUGCACUAAUAUUA